CGACACUGACCCCACGCAGAUCCAAAGCAGGAGUCAAAACAACACUUUGCGUUUUCCACCAUCAUCAUACAAAGGACGAAGAAGCGGGCAUCUCCAAGGCAGUGAUGGCUCUCCAGAAGACCCUUUCAUUGCUUCUGCUCUUGUUGCUGACCCUGCUGGGGCUGGGGCUGGUGCAGCCCUCCUAUGGCCAGGAUCGCAUGUACCACCGAUUCCUGCGGCAACAUGUGGACCCCGAUAGGGCAGGUGGCAACGAUGGCUACUGUAACAUGAUGAUGCAGAGACGGAGGAUGACUUCACAUCAUUGCAAGCAAUUCAACACUUUCAUCCAUGAGGACAUCUGGAACAUUCGUAGUAUCUGCAGCACCACCAAUAUCCAGUGCAAGAACGGCAAGAUGAACUGCCAUGAGGGUGUAGUGAACGUCACAGACUGCAAGGAGACAGGAAGUUCCAAGGCCCCUAACUGCAGAUAUAGGGCCAUGACCAGCACUAGGCGUAUUGUCAUUGCCUGUGAGGGUAACCCAGAGGUGCCUGUGCACUUUGACAGAUAGAUGGUACCGUGCAGGGGUUAGGGCCCAGUGGUUGAGUAGCAAUGAGUAAUGUAUUUGAGCUUUCCCAGUCUCUGUCUCCUCUGCUUACAUCUACUUAUUUUUGUUUAUGUACCCCACUUUGUUAAAUGCAUCAAAGAGAAAUGGAGACAUAUACCUAAAAUGAGACUGGAGUUUUCUGUAAUAAACAUUUCAGUAAAAUCUUCUGCUUCCUUUUAUAAUACUGGUCAGCAUAGCUCUCUCAGAUCCUACCCUCUGGAAUUUAGUCAUAUGUAUUUAUGUAGCAUUUCAAAUAUUUCCAGGUGCUUGCACCUCAGUUAUCUCAUUUUAAUACCACAGCACCCCUGUGAUGCUGAUGGUGCUAUGUAUAGGAGCCCAAAGUUAAGGGAUUUGCUGAAGACCAUGAAGUUAGUGAAAAAGCUGAAGCAAAAAAUCCACUUCAACUAGCUACUAAUAGAGAGCUUUUUCUACUUUAUCAUAAAAAGUGUUUCAAAAGUAUCUGCUUUUUGAUAUUCCCAAAAGUCAGCUGUUGGGGGAAGCAUUAAAAUUUUGCAAACAUGUGCUGAUAAAUGAGAGUUCUAUCUGUUUGAUUUGGCAACCCUGUUAUGUUUGGGUCUAAUAAGAUCAAGAAAUGAUGUGGGACAACUGUGACUAGACAGCAAUAAAAAUAAGAAGUUCAAGAAAUGAUACAAAGAUUUUUUUCUCUUUUCCCAAACUUGUGAAUCACUGUAGUAAGUCAGAAUAUUAACAACAUACUAGAUUGUUAACACUCGGUCACUCUUCACAAAUGAAAGAUUUUUCAUGUUUUCUUUGUAAUAAAGAACUCAAACUGCAGGUA